ACCCAGGUAACACUCAGAAGAUUGAAAUUAAGCAGCGCGGGUCAAACCUCUAGCACCACUCUAAGCGUUAGCCCAGAGGCACAAUAUAUUCAGUUUAAAUGAAGAACGCUGCAUGUCCAUUGGUUGAAAAUGCCUUGAAGGCGGGGUUUCUGACUCUAACCAAUAGAAAGGUUGAUUCCCGGCAGACGCACGGCUCUUCUUCAUGCCUCACCAAUAGGCAGUCGCUGAAAGGUGCGUGGGGCGUGCCCAGACGCACCUUAUCCAAUGAGGACGUAGAAACCAUGCUUGGGGCGGGGCCUGGUGUGUGUUCGAAAUAGGCGCCCUCAGCAGGAAAAUGGCGGCCAGAGCACAGCGGUAUCACACCCGUUGUGCAAAGCAUUCCCGAGAUGACUUUUGUGAGGGCACUAAGAAGGCGAUUGACGAACCUUCUAUCACGACUUCCAUGGAGUGGGACACGCAAGUGGUGAAAGGGUCCUCGCCGCUUGGCCCAGUGGGGCUGAGGACGGAGGAACUCCCCGCCAGCCCACCGCUGCCGUCGUGGCUGCAGCCGGAGAGGUGCGCCGUGUUCCAUUGCGCGCAGUGCCACGCGGUGCUGGCGGACACGGUGCAUCUAGCCUGGGACCUGUCGCAGUCCCUUGGGGCCGUGGCAUUCUCCAGAGUCACGAAUAACGUCGUUUUGGAAGCGCCCUUCCUGGUGGGCAUUGAAGGUUCGCUCAAAUAUAGCACAUACAACCUUUUAUUCUGCAGUUCUUGUGGGAUUCCCAUUGGCUUCCAUCUGUAUUCCACCCAUGCUGCUCUGGCUGCUUUGAGAGGUCAUUUCUGCCUUUCCAGUGAUAAAAUGGUGUGCUAUCUCUUAAGAACAAAAGCCAUAGUAAAUGCAUCUGAGAUGGAUAUUCACAAUGACCCUCUACCAGAAAAGAUAGCAGAGGUAAAAUUUUUGUGA